GAUUGAAAUCGUCAGCACGUUACUAAUGACAGUUUAUAGAAAUGCCAGUGUAAAUAUUUUCAAAAUGACAUUUUUUUUCAUCAGGUUUUUGUGUCCGUGUGAUAAAUAGCAGGUACCUGUAUUCAGUGUGUUUUAAUACUUUCGCUAAAUCUUUGACCUUGAAAAUAAGAACACUCAAAAGUUUCAACAGAUUUACUAAAACCGAAAAUGGAAUCAUCAAUCGAAGAAUGCUCUGGGACGCGUCGGCGUUGGUAUAAUUUGACACCACGCUUUACGAUGAAGAAGUUAAAUCCUAAUAACUUUUUCAAAAUGUACAAAUUAACUGACGACGGGCUCAAUAAAUCUAAGAAGAAAAAAUCUAAGAACAGCAGCAAUGGCGAUGUUGUCCCACCUGGGGCAAAUGGAGUAUAUAGGCAGGUACGUAUGAAGUCAUUUGGAUCAUACGAUCGUCGAAUUAAUGCGAUAUCGUCGUAUAUGAAAACUGCAUGCUCGAUAAACCCGAAUUCUCGUAGUACGGGAAAAGUUUGGUUUACACGCAAAAUGGCGGUCAUCUCAAUUGGGUGUGACCCGUGGCCCAGCGGCGAAGAUAAUUAUGAGCUUCUGGAUGUCAUUGGUGUUGGUGCAACGGCUGUUGUACACGGAGCCAUAUGUAAACCAAAGAAUGAGAAAUGUGCCAUCAAAAGGAUAAAUUUGGAGAAAUGGAAUACCUCCAUGGAGGAACUCCUAAAGGAGAUACAUGCAAUGUCAAACUGCAACCAUGAGAAUGUAGUGACAUACUAUACAAGCUUUGUGGUCAAUGAUGAGCUUUGGCUUGUCAUGAAGCUUCUGGAAGGUGGCAGUCUUUUGGAUGUAAUUAAACACAAGAUGAAGGUGUCUAAUUGCAAACAUGGUGUAUUUGAUGAAGCAACUAUUGCAACUGUUCUAAGGGAAGUUUUGAAAGGGCUUGAGUACUUUCAUAAUAAUGGACAGAUCCACCGGGACAUUAAGGCGGGUAACAUCUUGCUCGGUGAAGAUGGGACGGUGCAGAUAGCUGAUUUUGGUGUGUCCGCUUGGCUUGCAACUGGCAAAGACAUGUCCAGGCAAAGAGUAAGACACACCUUUGUUGGGACCCCAUGCUGGAUGGCGCCUGAAGUCAUGGAACAAGAUCAUGGUUAUGAUUACAAAGCUGAUAUUUGGUCAUUUGGGAUAACCGCUAUAGAGAUGGCCACAGGUGCAGCACCAUACCACAAGUAUCCACCGAUGAAAGUACUGAUGCUGACUUUGCAGAAUGAUCCACCUAACUUAGACACUGGUGCUGAAAAAGAUCAAUAUAAGAUCUAUGGAAAAACUUUCCGCAAACUUAUAUAUGAUAGCUUGCAAAAGGAUCCAUCAAAGAGACCGACCGCAACAGAGUUGUUGAAGCACCCAUUCUUCAAGAAAGCCAAAGAUAAAAAGUAUCUUGCCCAGACUCUUAUUGAUACCAGUGCUACUCUUGAAGCUAGGGUACAUAAGGUAAAUAAGAAGCAGGCGACACCCGGUCGUUUGAAUCGUACUCUCACCGGUGACUGGGAGUGGAGUGAUGAUGAAGUAGAGGAAGCUGAAGAGGCAUACUUGGUUGUGGAGGGAGAGGAAGCUGCGGGAAGAGCACAUCCUUCCUCCGAAGAUGAACUUCCGGAUGAAGACAAACCAAUGAAUCAACUCCAAAAAGGUGAUUCCAGCGGCAGCGAUGCUGAAGAAGCUGGGCCAUCCACUUCACAGAAUUCAACGCAUCCGCGGGAACAGCCCGUUGUUAAUCUCAUGCUGCGCAUACGAAAUGCCCAUGGUGAACUAAAUGAUAUUCGCUUUCAUUUCGUUAAAGGCAAGGACACAUCUGAAGGUAUUGCCUUAGAGUUGGUGGGGGCUGGUCUAAUAGAGCCACAAGACGCUAUCCUCAUCACCUUGCACCUGGAGCAGCUGAUCAACGCUCAAUCAUCCAACGCUCAGAUGCCAUACAAAACUAUAACGUUCCAUCUGAACUCCGCCGCUCCAAAUGCUGAUUUCAAUGAUAAUGCUCUUGAUGGAUUUGCCCAAAUAUCCGUUCUCUAAGUACAGUGCUAUGCAAACUUUGUGGCUGUGUGAUUCUCCUACUGCAUUAUUGUAUGUAGUUGGCCUAUAUUAUAACUCCUAAUUAUUCACAAUGUUUAAUGGAAAUUUUAUUAAUAUUAUAUUCUGUAUUAUCUUAGGUUUCUGAUGUCAUCAGAUCAGAUCAACUCUUUUUUAUUAACUUGUUACAUUUAUUUCUAUUCUAUACUAUAUUUCUCCGUCCCACAAAAAAAAAAAUCCGU